CAGUCUUUCCCUGUGUCUAUUAAGCACAUAACUCUUUUUUCACUUUGUCGUAUUUGUUUGAACGUAUAUACACAGGAAGCCACUAGGGAAGAAAUUAAUCAAGAUGCCAACUGCUCCUGCAAGUAAUCGUUUGAACAAGAAAGAAAUUAAUAGAGAAGCAUGGACGGCUGAGGAAGACCAAAAACUGGCUCAAGUUAUUAGAAUCCAUGGCCCAAGGAGAUGGAAAUCACUAGCAGCUCUAGCAGGUCUUAAUAGGUGCGGGAAGAGUUGCAGGUUAAGAUGGAUGAAUUAUCUUAGACCUAAUAUAAAGAGAGGCAACAUAUCUGAACAAGAAGAAGACUUGAUUCUAAGGCUUCAUAAACUCCUUGGUAACAGAUGGUCUUUGAUUGCAGGUAGACUCCCGGGUCGAACUGAUAAUGAAAUAAAGAACUACUGGAAUUCUCAUUUGAGCAAGAAGAUUACCCAAAAUGGAAGAGUACGGAAGAAAAGUUCCACAACACAGCAGCCUGAGCCCAUGGAAACAAAGGUGAUGAUCACCCAAAUGGAAACAACAGAUAUUUCAAAUUCUACCCUUGUUGGAGAGGAUGAUCACAGCUUGUUUGAUUUCUACAUCGAGGAGGAACCCAUUAAUAAUUUAGAAUGGAUGAGCGAGUUUCUCAAUUUGGAUCACCAGACAUGGCUAUAAUUAACUAUGAAGUGAUUCGAGAUUUAGUAGACGAGUUGACAGACUACAUAAAUAUGAUUUAUUUAUCUAAGGUUUGAAAUAUACAAAUAAUCAGAUUUAUAGAGUGUGCCAACUCUUCUUUUUUUGGGUGCCCAUUAAUUUUUCUUGCAUGAAAUUUUAAUCAACCUAAGUCCAUAUCCCAUAAGUUUGAUUUGGGGUUGGUGUUGUAUUUUAAGUCUUAUAUAGCCAAGAGAGACUUUGAUAAUCCAAAGAAAAACUUGCUUUAGGCUUUAGGUUUAUGCGAGUUUCUGGGUGGAAGAGGUUUUCUUUGGAUUAACAAAAGUCUUGGCAGAUGUAAUUUCUUCUAUUUUGCAUAAAAUAUUUGGAAGUGGGAGACU